AUGGCUCUCGCUGUUUCUUCUUCAAUCGCCAUUUCAACUUCCACAUUCCAAUCAUCUGAACCCAAACUUUCACAAUUUGGUUCAAUUAGGGUUUUGAAAAAACCUUAUGGAGCAGGUGUUAAAGCUUCUCAACCACGGAGUUUCGUAAAGCCGAUCAAUGCCAGGGAUUCCGAUGUGCUUGAUCUUGCAGAGGCUAUUGAGACCGAUGAGGAAGAUUAUGAACGGUUAGCAUAUCAACUUGAGAAUGCUUCCCCUCUUCAAAUUAUGGAUAGAGCCCUUCAAAAUUUUGGCAAUGACAUAGCUAUUGCAUUCAGUGGUGCUGAAGAUGUUGCUUUGAUUGAGUAUGCACAUUUGACGGGUAGGCCGUUUAGGGUAUUCAGUCUUGACACGGGGAGAUUGAACCCUGAAACUUAUAGACUUUUUGAUGCUGUUGAAAAGAAUUAUGGAAUUCGUAUUGAGUAUAUGUUCCCGGAUGCUGUGGAGGUUCAGGCUUUGGUUAGAAGUAAGGGGCUGUUUUCGUUUUAUGAGGAUGGGCAUCAAGAGUGCUGCAGAGUCAGGAAGGUGAGACCUUUAAGAAGGGCACUUAAGGGUUUAAGGGCAUGGAUAACAGGGCAGAGAAAAGACCAGUCUCCUGGUACUAGGUCUCAAAUACCAGUUGUUCAGGUUGAUCCUGUUUUUGAGGGAAUUGACGGUGGAACUGGGAGCUUGAUAAAAUGGAACCCUGUUGCAAAUAUGAAGGGAAAUGACGUGUGGAACUUCCUUAGGACCAUGAAUGUGCCUGUCAAUUCCUUGCAUUCACAAGGAUACAUUUCCAUUGGAUGUGAGCCGUGCACCAGGGCUGUUUUACCCGGACAACACGAGAGAGAAGGUCGGUGGUGGUGGGAAGAUGCAAAAGCUAAAGAAUGCGGUCUUCACAAAGGAAAUAUAAAGCAGGAAGAUGAUGCUCAUCUUAAUGGAAAUGGUGUAGUCCAUGCAAAUGACACUCCCGAUGUCGCUGACCUUUUCAAUACCCAAAAUGUAGUUAGCUUGAGUAGGACUGGAAUUGAGAAUUUGACAAGAUUAGAGACCCGGAAAAAACCAUGGCUUGUUGUGCUAUAUGCACCAUGGUGUCCCUACUGCCAGGAUAUGGAGGAAUCUUAUGUUGACUUGGCAGAGAAGUUAGCAGGGUCAGGUGUGAAUGUUGGAAAAUUUAGAGCUGAUGGAGAGCAGAAGGAGUUUGCAAAACAUGAACUGAAAUUGGGAAGCUUCCCCACAAUAUUAUUUUUCCCAGAACACUCCUCGAGGCCAAUAAAGUAUCCCUCUGAAAAGAGAGAUGUUGAUUCCUUGAUGGCAUUUGUAAAUGCAUUAAGAUGA